CGUGAAACUAUGUGGAAAUGGGGUAGUGGAGACGAUUCUCCUUCCAAAACAGUAGCUGCAGGCUCCCAAGAUGCAGGGAGCACGUCGGUGACAGAUUUGACUGAACAGCUGGCAAGGACUGAACAGCUGGUUGCACAGCUAAAGGAGCUUGUCAGGGAGAAGGAUGCUGAGCUUCGAAAUAAAGAUCUCCAGUUAAAGGAGGAGAAGGAAUCUGCUGAUGCCAAACUCUCCAAGGUGAAGCUGCAAAACAAAGCCAAGGUUGCAUCGUUGACCUCACAGUUGGAAGAACUUAAGAAACAGUUACCAGAAUCAGGAGGCUUAGAGGCAAAAGCAGAACAAAAAAAGGCAGCCAAAGAUGGGGACCAGGAAAACGCUGCGGCAAAUCGUGGGAAAAUACUGGUCCUGAGAAGGAGAAUUGAAGAACUAGAAUCUCAGAUCACACAAAAAAAUGAGGAGUUGCAAAAAAAGACUGUUGAACUGGAGGCCCAGCACUGUCGUGGGGCUGAAAUGGAUGCCAUGCUGGCAGAGAAAGAGAAGAAGCUGGCUGAAAGAGAUGCUUACAUCAUUGAUUUACAGAUGGCGUGUGGGUCCAGCGGUGCUGCCGGGGAAGCACUCUUGGCCAAUGAAGAACUGAAGAAUCAGCUGGCUCUUAAAGAGUCAUCGCUACAAAGCAUGGAGAUUCUAGUUCAAAACCUUACCAAGAAAGUUGGAGACAGUGAAGAAAAAUGUAGCUUGUUCCAGGAACAGAUUGAGAGUCUCAAAAACAUUCAGAACAAAGAAAGAGAACGUUUCCAAGGAAAAGAAGCUACAUAUAUGGAAAAUGUACGUGUGUUUCAAAAUAUUAUCCAGGAAAAGGAAAAGGAGCUGGGAGCACAGAGAGAAAAGCAUGAACAGGAGCUCUUUAAAUUAGCUGCUAAAUCUGAUGCAAGUGCUGACUUAGAACAGCUACUAAAGGCUUUGAAACAGAAGCUCCAUGAAAAAGAAGAAGUCAUGCUGGGAAGGACACAGGUGAUAGAUGUCUUGCAAAAAGAACUGGAUGACAAGGACCAGCAACUGAAAGAGAUUAAUGAAAACCUAAAACGUCUUCUGUCUGAAAAAGAAAACCUCCAGUCUAAACUGGAUGCUGAGAAACACGUAAUGAGAGCCCAGUUAAGAGACAUGAUGGAGAAACAUGAGCUCGAGCUGACAAAAGUUAAGGAGAAACACAAUGCUGAACUUCAUGAAAUUCAAGAGAAACACGAAACUGAGCUGCAAGAGAAAGAUCAGGCCCUGUCUCAGCUUAAGAAACAAGUGGCAGAGUUGAGUGGUAGUGGACAGACUAACUCUAAAGAAGUUGGAGAUCUGGAGUCUGUAACCAAAGAAAAGAUGGAAAAUUUGGAAGUACAAGUGAGGCUGAAAACAGAAGAGUUUUCAUCCAAGAACAAUGAUGUAUCUGCUUUAAACAAUCGUGUCUCAGAAUUAGAAAUUGAAAAUGAAGAGCUACAGUCAAAACUGCAAUCAUUACAUGAAAUCAGAACUCAAAAUGAAGAAUUGUUGACUAAGCUGGAAGUCUAUGAAGAGCAACAAAGGAAGUUGCAAGCUGAUCUUGACCAAGUUACCAAGAGGGCAGCUUCACAGGCCAGUGAAUCAGGUAGUGUGGAUGAACUGCAGAGUCAGCUCUUGGAAUGGCAGGAAAAUGUACCAGAGUCAGAGGAAUCCCGUGAUCAAAUCAGAGAAGAGAAAUCUGCUAUGGCCUUGAGAAUGGCUCAGAUUGAGGAGGAGAGAGAAGACAUAGUCUCAGGGCAGCAGGAGCUGGAGGAGGAACUGACCACAGUUCAAGGAAUGGGCAGGCUGCAGCAGCCAAGAAGAAAAAGCAAUCAGACCAACAGGAAGCUUCAGGAAGAAUACAGCUUUGAUGGAAAACAAUGCUUUGAAGAGUUGAGUGUCACCUUGGAUAGCACUGAUUCAGCUGAAGGAGAAAAUAUGGGAGGUUUGCGGAGUGUGGUGGAAGAGUUGGAAUUGGAAAGAAAUCAGCUGCAGGAACAGAUUCUUUUCCUAGAAGAGCGCUGUCAGGAUUUGGAAGAUAGAUUGCAGCUUCAAGGGAGAAUGGAGGCUCUUCAGAAUGAAAAUGAACGUUUGCAAACUCAACUCACCCAGUUACGCAACCAACAAAUGCGCGAUGUGGAAAAGCAUCAAAUUCUGAUCUCUGGCUUGAAUGAGCAGCUUAAAGGAUUAAGUGACAGAAAUAGCUUCCUUGAAAAUUCACUUGGAGAAAAAGAACAAAAGCUGUUGAGCACCACAGAAAAACUGGAACAAAUUGGAACUUUGAGGAAACUGCUUCAAGAAAAGGAUCUUCAAAACAAAGAGCUUGGUGAAAAGUUUGUGCAUACAGAGCAAAAACUGAAUGAAGCCUUAAAGAAAUGCAGUGUCUAUGAAGUGGAGAACACUGAGCAGAAAACAGUCAUCAGUGAUCUAACAGAAAAAGUUGCAACGUUGAAGGAAAAGACUUUGAAACAAGAUGGUGUGGUAGAGUCGAUGCAGCUGGAUCUGGACCAGACAAACGAAGAGCUUGACAAGCUGAACACAAGCCAUUUAGAGGAAAGAUCUCAACUUAUCCAAGAUCUCCAGAAACGUGAAAGAGAAAUUGAUAAUCUUAAAGAAGCACUGGCAGAAAAAGACAGGGAGAUGUCUGUCCUGUCCUUGAAUAUGACAGAAUAUUCUGAACAGGUUAUCAUCCUGAAGCAUCAGGUGCAAUGCAAAGAGGAAGAAAUACGAGGCAUGGAAGAGGCUUUAUCAAAGGCUGAAAGGGAAACUCAUUUGCUGAAAGAAGUACAAACAGCUGAUAUAAGAGAUGCAAGCAUGAAGAUAUCUGUCCUGUCUGAGCAGAGUAAUACAAUGAGACUGGAGCUAGAAAAAGUUAGGCUUGAGAAUGAAGCUAAAACCAAAGAAAAUGAGGAAUUAAUAAGACAAAGCAGUGAGAACAGCAUUACAAUUAAGGCUCUCCGUUCUGAAAUCAAGGCCAACAAUGUCGCAUACCAUAACAAACUGGCAGAGUGUGAGUCACAGAUUACUUUACUGAAAGAGCAAAUUAGUAAAUCGUCUGAAAAGCUACAAGAAACUGAGGAUAAACAGAGAAAAGAAACUGAAUAUCUCAAAUCUCAGCUUGAGGAAAACAAUACUCUGAAGGAAAAAUGGAACAAUUUGCUUAAAGAGAAAGAGAGUAAAGCAGAGACACUUGAAAAUGAGUUAAAAUCAAUUAAAGAUUCAUUCAACAAACUGGUUUUGGAAAAUGCUAAAAAAGAUGAAGAGUUGGCUGAAUUAUCUAGGACGCUUAUUGAACAUACUGAACAUCAGGAAACAAUUAAAAACGAGUUACAAGAGAAACAAGAGCUUGUUAUUUCAUUGGAGCAGAAACUUGGGGUUUUGGAGCAGCAGAUUGAAGAGACCAAACUUAAAUUGAAAGCCAAAGAGACAUCUUGCAAAGAACUUAAUAACCAAUUAAAUGAAAUACAUAAGCAAAUUAACAAAAUGGAAAUAGAGAUGCAGGAGAAAGAUUCAGCUAAUAAGCAAUUGCGGGCAGAUCUUGAAGGGAAAGAAGAAAAAUUGAAAACCCAGGCUGUGGCAGACAUAGAAAAUAAGUUAUCCCUUAGCACUGCUGAGUAUGAAAAAACUCUUUCAGUACUGAAUUGUGAUAAAAACAAUCUGGCAAAAGAGAUUGAACAACUUUCACUACUUACCAAGCAAAAAGAAAAUUCAGUUGCAGAACAGCUGCAGGAGAAGACAAAGGAGUGUACUGUGCUAGCUGAUCAGUUGUCAGAAAGCAAGGAACAGGCACAACAGUUGCAUGAACAAAUCCAGUCACUUGUCAAUCAGCUGAAGGAGACUAGAGACAAAGAAAUAAAUACAGAAGAAAUGUUAAAUAAAAAGUUAUCUGAAUGCAGUAGCCUAAUGCAAGAGCUCAGCCAAAGUAAGGAAAAGAAUUUACUGCUGCAGGAACAAGUUCAAAGCAUAACUUUGGAUUUUGAAACUGUGAACAGGUCUCUAGAAGAGAAAAUCCAUCAGAAUGAUUCAUUAUGUAAGGAAAUGGAAGAGAGUAAGUUUUGUAUUGUAGGGUUGCAGAAUGAAAUUAAAAAUCUUAAAGAUGAGAAAAAGAAAUUAUCUCAGUUGGUAGAGGAAAGAGACCUGACUGUAAAAAGUCAGGGUUCAGAACUUGAGAAGUUUCAUAGGCAAGUUUCUGAAAAAGUAGAAGAAAGUACAAUGUUAAACAAUCAGCUACAGCUACUGAGCAAAGAAGUAGAUGUGCUUAGGCAUGAAAAGGAGAACUUUUCAAGCUUACUGAGUGAAAAGUCACGUGAAUGUGAAGUUCUUCAGUCACAGUUGGUACAGCAGCAGUCUGAAAUUGCUUCAGUGAGACAGCAAGCACAUACAGCAGCUCUAGAAAAUGAAAAAUUGAAAGUAGACGUUGAAAUAGUUAAUGGUACAGUAAUGAAAAAGUCAGAUGAAGUAGCUGCUCUAACUUCGCACUUGUCUCAACAAAGUCAUAGUAUUUUAGCUCUGAAGGACCAGAUUGAUGAGGCUUUGAUUCAGCAAAUGACAGAUAGUAAAGUGGCAGGAGAAGGACAAUACAUGCAAAUCAUUUCAGAUCUGCAAAACCAAAUACAAGCUGUAGGUUUUGAAAGCAGCCAGCUUAGACACGCAAUGCAGGAAAGAGAAAAUGAGUGUAAGAAGCAAGCCCAAGAAUUAAAGCUAUUGAAAGAUAAAUCUGAAGAGUCUGAUGUACUUAGGGUUCAACUGUCUGAGAAUAUGGAGGUUAUUUCUGACCUUCAGUGUCAGCUUAGAAAUAUGACUGAAAAAUCAUCCCAGUUGAAUGCUUCAAUUAUACAGAAGGAUGAAUCUUUAAAGCAAAAGUUAGAUGAAUACAUCAGUUUAAAAGCACAGCUUUCUGAGGUACAGGAAUCUUCUGUUUUGCAGGAGAACCAGUUAAAGCUUUUAGCCUCUGAAGCAGAACAACUAAAAGUACGUGUUUCAGAGAAAGAAUUAAUGAUCAACAAUAUUUCAUUAUUCAGUGACAAUUUAAAGAUGCAGCUUCAAGAGAAAGAGAAUGAAUGUGAGGUCUUAAAGAAACAGGUGGGAGAGCUGGAGGAAGUGAAAGUGAAUUUACAAAAAGAAAUACAACAUCAGAAGAAUGUAAUAAGUGAGAUGGACCAGUCCUUAUCAGAAAAGGAAUCAUCUCUGACAGAAAAUGAAAAUCUCCUCAAAACUCUGAAGGAGAAGGAAAGGAAAGAUGAAGAGAAGACAAGUUUGAUUUCUGAGCUCCAAAGUCAGGUGGAUGAACUAGCACAAGAACUUCAAAAAUCUCAAGAACUAGUCAAUGAGAAAGAAAAUGCGUUUUUAUCUCUACAGGAGAAAGUUGAAGCACAGUAUGAACUAAGAACUGAACUGAAUGCAGCUCUUGGGAAAAAAGAAGAAGUUAUUGCUGGACUGCUUAAUUCUUUAAAGGAGAAAGAUACCAGUAUACAGCUGGCAGAUAGCAAUGUUCAUGUUCUUUCUAGUGAGAUUGAGGUUCUUAGAGAAAAAUUAGAGAAAAGUGAUACAGCCAUGAAAAACCUUAGUAAGGAAUAUCAGGAAAAGAAUGAGAAGCUUGAUAUUAACCAGAAGAAAAUUGAUUCUUUGACUGCUGAACUUGACUCUCUUAAAAACGAACACCAAAAAGCACUAGACCAAAUAAGUACAUGGGGAGAAGAACUGCAGCAAAAAGAGCUGGCUGUGGAGUCUCUGCGUGUGAAGUGCACUGAACAGGCAGGUAACAUAGCAUGUUUGAAGGCAGAGCUGGACAAUGUCAAUUCCAAAUCAUCUCAAGACUGCCAUGACAAUGCACUUUUAAUAGGUAGUCUGCAGUGUCAGGUGGAGUCUUUAGAGAAAGAAAAAAGUCUGUUACAAGAAGAUGCCGAUAAACUGAUGGCUGAAAACACACAACUUACUGCAUCUCAAAAUGAUUUGCAGAAGGAAUUGGAAGAGCUCCGAGAAAUCAAUGCAAAACUGGAAACCAGUGAGAAUUAUUCACGGGUGCAGAUAGAGGCUGUCAAACUGCAGAUGAAGACAGAAAAUGAGAAGUUACAGAUGCAGGCCAAAGAAGGAGCCAACCUUGCAGCUGUUGAAAUAUCAAAACUGAAGACCAAGGUUGAUGAUUUGGAGAAGGCGUUGCAUCAGACAAAAGCCUUCCAAGCAGAAGCUGAGAGAGAGAUUGCAUCAUACCAGAAUGAGCUUGCAGGAUUAAGAAUGGAAAAAUCCCUCCUCCUCUCAGAGUCCCAGGCACUCCGAAAUCAAUGUCAGGUGACAGCUGCUGAGAGAGAUCGACAGAUUGCAGAACUGCAGAAGCUGCAACAAGACCUGAUUGUUAAGAAAUCAGUCUCUGCUGGCAGCAGUUACCCAGUCCAGGUAAACAAAUGA